UAGCAAAAACCCAAAAAAGAGUUUUUUAAAAAAAAUAAGAGGAAGAAACGUUGCUCUCUCUCUCUCUGGUUCGAAAGAGGCUUCACAGAGGACAAAAGCGAGGGUUUUGUGAAGAGAGAGAAACCCCCCUUCAAAUUGAAAGCCCUAAAGAGGGAAAAACACUAUCUCCACUGAGAGAGAAAGCUCAUAGAGAAAGGAGGUAGAAAACAGAAGUGGGAAUUUUUUUUCAGAGAGAGAAAGAAGUGCGGUGUCGUCUGUCUAUUGGGCCGGAGCUUCAGAGCUAGGGUUUCGGUUUUCUUUUUUGGAAGCUUUUUUGAUGAAGGUGAAGUCUCUUUUUAGAUAGUCUUGAAGCUUCACUCCUGUUCUAGAUGGAACAAAAGUUCUCAGCAUGUUACAAAGUUUUCUGUGUUUGGUGGUUUUGCAUCUGAAGCACCAUGACGCUGGAAGAUUUUUUUACCCUGACCGAGAUGAAAGAUGGGCUCACAGCCCCUUCACGAGUUGAGGAGCUACUAACUGUAAUGAAGAAGGAGAAAGAUUCUGUUGUGAAAAAUGUCAGUGAUGCAACCAGGCAGUGGGCUGCUGUUGCAAGCACAAUUGCUGCCACAGAGAAUAAAGAUUGUCUCAAUCUUUUUAUUCAACUAGAUGGAGUCUGGUAUCUGGACAGAUGGCUGAAGGGUGCUCAAGAAUUUGGUAAUGACUCAAGUGACAGUUUUGUGGAAGAAUCAAUUACUGCACUCCUACGAGCACUUGAAAAGUUGCUUAGAAAUAAUGAGAGGUCUAUUUCUUCUGAGAUCUGGAUUACUGUCAAGAAUCUUCUUGGCCACAAGAGCUCUCGAGUUCAGGAUGGAGCCAGAUUGCUCUUUGAUAACUGGAAAAGAAGUAGAGUUACUGAUGAUGUUCAUAGUGGUGUUGGUAGUGGUGGACAUUUUUCUGACUAUGGGAUUUCAGACAGUGUAACCGUUACUGGAGAAAAUAGUAGGCCAGAAUGUUCUGCCAAAGAAGGUCCUGUUUCAAGAGGAAGUACUGAUGAAGAAAAUGCUGGAGCUGAUGCUGCCAAGAAUGAAAACCUUCCUUCAAGUAGCCUAGACGGUGUUCAGUUAGAAAGUUCUAAAGAGUUACACAGUGAAGCUACUAAUGAUGAGCUUCAGUCCCACAUAAAUGCAGACUGUGCAGACAUGGAAAACAGAUCUCCAAAUCAUCUGGCCUCCUCUUUAGUAUCAAAUCCAGCUCAAGAAAACUCGUCCAUGAAGGAAGAUCUCCCAGCAAAAACUGUGGAAGAAACUGCUUCCCUUGAGGUGUGCAGUUUACCAGACUCAAAGCAAGAAAAUGUUGAAGUUUUGGAUGCUCAGAAUUUAAAUGAGUUAUCAAGUGAUGAAAAGCAGAAGUUGGAUAUGACAGUUUCUUCCUCUAGUACCGUGGAACAUGUACUGGUUUCUUCUGGUGCUGGUGUUGGAAGUGCUCAGGAGGCUACAAAAGAACCUAAUUCACAAAAGGAUGCUGAACCCAAUAACAGUGAUGCUCUUAAAUCUGUUGCACUUGGUGGCGAGAGGACACCUGUAUCUGAGACAAAGAAGACGAUGGGUGAUGCGGGGGUUAUAAAUCAUUCAGGCAAUGGUUCACAGCUAUUCAAGACUGCAGGUCAGGACAGUGAGUCUCAUUCUGGCAUGUUGCGGAGCUCCUCUGACAAUGAAUUUAUAUAUAGAAAGCCAAAGGAUCUGGUGGCCACUUUUUCCAGGAUGGAAGGCAUUGGAACAACAGAUGAAAAUAAGGAGAAUUGUGGAGUUGAAGAUUUGAGGGGUGGUUCCAAGUUUACCCGUGGUCCUGAUGUGAUUGAUAAGAGAAUGUCUGAUAUUGAGCUUGAGUAUGGUAUAGUUGAUGCUCUAGAAGUUGCCCGACAAGUUGCUCAAGAAGUGGAACGAGAAGUGGUAGAUGACAGGGAGCCUUCAUGCAGCUCUUCAGAGAAGAUUUCAGAAGGUGGAAUUAGGCAACCCAGUACCCCAGACUCCAUAAAUGGAAAACAAGACCUACCCACUGAGGUCAUACCAAAAGAGGUGUCAACUGGACUCAAUCAGUCUGCUGAAGCAUGUACUGAGGGGGAGGGGCACAUAAUUAAUUCAGAUAAUCCAGACAAUGAACCAGAACAUGACUUGCAUGACUUGGAGUCCUCUCAGGUGACUGUGGCUCAAGAACCUGAACCUAACACAGAGAAAAGCCUAUGUGAUUUUGAUCUGAACCAAGAAGUUUGUUCUGAUGAUGUGGAACGUGCAGCAAAUUCCAUCUCCACCCCCAUUUCAGUGGUUUCUGCUUCAAGGGCGGCAGCAGCUCCUGGCUUACCUGCAGCUCCUCUACAGUUUGGGGGGGCUCUUGGAUGGAAAGGGUCUGCUGCCACAAGUGCUUUUCGCCCAGCAUCUCCUCGCCGAAACUCUGAUGUUGAUAAGACUUUAUCCAUUGGGGGAACAAGCAGUGGCUCAAAACAAAGGCUAGAUUGCCUUGAUUUUGAUCUUAAUGUUGCCGAGGCUGGUGAUGAAAAAGGUGCCGAACUUAUGUCAGGGAAACAGGUUACAGCCUCAUCAGGCCUCCACUCUGCAGAAUCUUCACUGGAUGUGAGUCCAAGAAAAUCCGAGAGACUCAAGCUGGAUUUAAAUCGUAUGAGUGAUGAUGGUGAUGCUCCAGCAUUAGAUACAAGAUUAGAGGGACGACUCUUUUACAACAGGAAUGGGCAUCGUAGCCCAUCACCUGCCUCUUCAUCAUCAUCGAUGCAGCCUUCUCUGAGGAACAUCGAUUUGAAUGACAGACCGUAUAGUCACAAUGAUGCUUCAGAAUUAGGGCUUUACCAUGGUAGAUCUUCCCGAAAUGUAAAUUUAUAUGGAGGGCCUAAACCAAAUGAUCCUGUUAUUUCUAUAAUGGGAACUAGAGUGGAAGUCAAUAGGAAGGAAUUUGUUCCUCAGGUUGCAUCCUUACCAAAUGGCAAGGCUCUCGAGCCUGCAACUGAUGCAAGCAUCACAAGAACUGGAGGUUUUAUGGGGUUGGGCCCCACUGUGUCGUAUACACAUUCUCCUGCUUUUAGUUAUAAUGGACUGACUAUGCCACCAACAGUGUCCUUCUCUCCUGCGAUUUAUGGGGCUAGUGGCUCAAUCCCCUAUAUGGUCGAUUCAAGAGCGCCUGUUGUGCCCCAAAUUAUGGGUUCUACAUCAGCUGUUCCUCCACCUUACUCUCAACCACAGUUCAUUAUGAGCAUGAGCAAUGCACCUGUUGGUUUAAAUGGUUCAGGGUCCUCACGGCCUAAUUUUGAUCUGAACACUGGUUUGGCAAUUGAGGGAGGAAAUAGAGAUUCCAUGGGUGUAAGGCAGUCUUUCAUGCCUGGUCAAGGCAGGUCAAUGGAAGAGCAUUUGAGGGCAAACUCACAACCCUCCUCGAGUUCUGCAGUUGGUGCAAAAAGGAAGGAACCAGACGGUGGGUGGGAGCCAUACCAGUUUAAUUACAGACACCACCAAUUUCCAUGGAAAUAGUAAGUUCAUAUUUAUGUUGCUCCUUCCUCUCUUGGGAUCAUUUCAUAAGUCCAAGCUAAUUGAUGCUUGCAUUGCCAAAGAUACCUGGAAAAAUCAAGGGCCGAUUGGCUUUCGUGGGAGGGGAGUUUGAACUGAAUAAAACAGGGGAAUUAUGAAUGUAACAUGAUUCAUGAGAUUGAUUGCCGAAGGGAGGGUAAAAUUAGGUUUAAUUGUUUUAGUUUUUGGCUUAUUUUCUUGUUUCCCUUUUUGUGUUCCAUAGAAGGCCAUUGCAACCAUAGAAUGCUUGGUACAUGUAGUUGUAACUUAUUUUCCAUAUAUGUCAAAGAAAUUUAAAGAAACUGAGCUCUUCUACUAAUCUUUUUUCUUCUUUUGGCAAAC